AUGGCUCCAAGGUUGCUGGUAAAGGAGCCGGUGAGUUUUGAAUCUUGAGAAGUUUGGAAAAAAAUGACUCAUAUUUGUUGAAAUUGCCACUCUUUGUACGAGAAAUCAGAGCAUAAUAGGAAAGUAGGAAAGUUGGAAAGGUUCCUUUUAAAUGAGAAAAUUCAUUUCGAGACGAAUUUCUGUUCGAGUUUUAUUGAAAUUUGUCGAAUUUUUUAGUUUUUUGUGAUUUUUGUUUACAAUUCUAGUACAUAAUUAAAAAAAGAAGCUCAAAAAUCAAAGUUUAAGUCGGAAUUUAUAAUUUUUUUGUGUUUUAGAUUAUUUUACGGUUUCAAAAAUUUUUUUCAAGUUUUACUGAAAUAUUUCAAAUUUUUCUGCCUUUUUGUGAAUUUACCGGUUUGCAGGGUAUAUCUAGGAGCCUCAAAAUUUUUAAACGAAAUCUGUAAUUUUUUUCCCAUUUUUUUGAUCAUUUUACGGUUUCACUUCAUCUUUAUUAAAAAAAAUGAAUACCUGCUUAAUAAUAAUACAAACUUUCGAAUUUGUGAAUAUUUUUAGAAAAAAAUUUCUAGUUUUUUUAUUUGGAAAGUUGAGAACAGAAUAAAAAAAUCUUGACUAGGAUUUUAAAUUUUUUUUUUUUCGAAAGUAGAUUUAUUUUUUUCAUUUUCUAAUAAUCAUAUUGGAUUUGCGAUUUAUUUCUUUUUCUUUGUUUUUUCCGGGUUUUUAGAGGUUUAUAAAUCAAAUUUAUGGCUGACUCAACUCUAGUAAUCUCAGAAUUUUUGGAGGGAGAUCACAAAAAAAUAUUUCUUUUUAAGACUAAAGUUUAUAUUGAAAAAAAUUGGGUUAAAGGUCAAAUUUCGAAUAGAUUCAUCCAUAUUUUUAAAGGGAUAUUAUUUUUUUAAUCAUCUCAAAACGCAGAAAAAAACAGUUGAAAAAUUUCAAAUUUUUCGAUUUAACUUAAUAAUUUUUUUGCAUUUGAACUUUAGUUUUACAAUCUUGAGUAAAACGAUUUUUUUAUGGUUUUACAAAAAUUUAAAAUUUCACAAACCUCCCUAGAAAUUAAAAAAAUCGUGAGAAGAUCAAAAAAAUUGUGAAUCUUUUUGAAGAUAACGACGCCCAGUCGAGUAGAUCAAAUUUUUUGCUUCUUUGAAAAUUUCAAGUUUUUGGAUUUUUUUUUCGACUUUUUGCAUUUUUUAUGUUUUCAGUGUAGUGAUGCUAGAUUGUAGAACAGGGAUUUCGAAUAAAAAAAUAUUUAAAUCGAUAUUUUUUUACUCAUUUUUUUAAAACACUGUUCCCAAAAAGAGUCAUUUUUGAUUUGCGGUUGGAAAUUUUUUUACAAAUUGGCCAGAAUCCUUCUUGCUGUAUAAAAAAAGAUUCUUAAAGUCUCAUCCUUUAAAAAUUGCUAGUUUUUAAGAGAGGACACUUCAAAGUCAAAGAAAACCCUAAAAAUCCAUGAAAUAGGUUAUUUUGAGCUCUCAUUUCUCAAAAACUAGCAAGUUUUGCAGGUUGAAACUUUCAGAAUCUCUCUUCGGUACGUUAAGAAAUGUUCUGGCCAAUUUUCAGGAAAUUCCAAAUCGCAAAGUUAAAUGACCUCCCUUCUCCGUAUAUAUAGAGAUCAUAAUAAUUUUCAUAGAAAAAAUUGAAAAUUUACUUUGAAAAUAAAUCACUUCUCUGUUUCAGUUGUUGAUGAUCAGCGAGAAAACGGAGCCAACACAAGCCGAAUCGCCGAUUAUAACGUCACAUUCGAACCGAAUCGGCAUUUAUAGGGUAAUUAUUCGCAGAAAUUUAUAGUCUUUUCCGGUUUUUCCUUGGGCUACAGUAUCCUUCGUGUUGAAAUUUUAUCGUGUUUAUGGCGAUGAUCCUUUAAUAGCGGCGCUUUUUUGCAAACUGUUAUAGCCCAUUCCGUGCCAGCUUAUCACGAUUUUUGUCUUCCUACGAGUUACAGAACCCUUCUCUUUGGAACGCACGGGCUGUCUCGGUGCAUGCGCCUUUAAUAAGGAGAUGAAUUUCAGGCUUUUAGAGGCGCAUAUAGCCGAAGGUUUUCGUUUUAUUGAAGGCGCAUAUAGCCGAAGGUUUUCGUUUUAUUAAAGGCGCAUAUAGCGUUAAAUUCUCGUCCUAUUAAAGGCGCAUAUAGCGUGAAAAUUUUAGUUAUAUUUAAGGCGUAUACAGUAUCAACUUCUUGUUUUAUUAAAGACGUAUAUAUCCUAAAAUUCCUGUUGUAAAAAAGGAACAUACAGCCGAAGGUUUUCGUUUUAUUAAAGGCGCAUAUAGCGUUAAAUUCUCGUCCUAUUAAAGGCGCAUAUAGCGUGAAAAUUUUAGUUAUAUUUAAGGCGUAAACAGUAUCAACUUCUUGUUUUAUUAAAGACGUAUAUAUCCUAAAAUUCCUGUUGUAAAAAAAGAACAUACAGCCGAAAGUUUACGUUUUAUUAAAGGCGCAUAUAGCCUAAAAAAAAUUCCAUAUUAAAGGCGCAUGCACAGGGACAGACCGCGCGCAUCGAAGCGAAACUCAGAGAAAAACGAAAAUUUUGAAAAGUUGAUCAAAAAGAAAAUUAGAAAUUUUGUCAUUAUUAAAGGCUCAUGGUCACGCAGGAUUAGGAAGAAUCGACACGAAAAGGUACUGUACCUUGGGGGCGGAGCUACCUGACUAUGAAAAAUGAGGAUUUUUGAAGGUUUACACGGAACGAUGGCUCGUACUAGGAGUUUGUUGCCUUCUCGCCCUUUCCAGUGCCAUGGUAAUUUUCAAUUUUUUUAAAUUUUAUUAUUUAAUUUGUGCAAUUUAUGGACACAGGCUCAUAGAGAAUCCUGCGAAAAUUUGUUACGUUUCAAAAAUUUGAAAUCUACAGUAUUUUGAGCUUUUUUGCGCGCUUCGCUUCAAGACCUGUGAUUGGAAGGUUACGGUAUUUUGGAUGGAAUAUUUGUGUGAGAAAGUGGAGCAGAGUUGACAAUAGUAACAUAUAGGGGAAAAAAAAGGGAUUUCCUAAUUUUUUUGAAAGGGAUUUUUCAUAAGUUUCUCUAGACCCAGUACAUUCUUCUAAAGUAAGACCCAAAUAUAGUAAAAAAAUUGAGGAUAGCCCCAAAAACUGAACCAUUUUCAGCAAUGGAUCGGCUACGCUUCACUAACAGAUCAAUCGGAGAUUUAUUACCGAAAUAAACUGAUCAAUGAAACCAGUGACUACACCGUCGCCUGGGCAACAAACCAAAUCUUCCAGGUUUUUUCGUUGUUUGAAAAAAAAAAAAACAAAAAAAUGAUUUUUUUUUUCGAAAAUUGUCAAAAUUCAAAUGACGCGGGCAAAGUUGGAAUGGUGUGUAAUAGUCGCUAAAAUGGAGUAGCUCAAAAAAGGCUGCAAAAAGGCUGAAAAAAGGCUGCAAAAAGGCUGCGAAACGGCUCCAAAAAGGCUGAAAAAAGGCUGCAAAAAGGCCGCAAAAUGGCCGCAAAAUGGCCGCAAAAUGGCUGCAAAAAGGCUGCAAAACGGCAGCAAAAAGGCAGCAAAAAGGUAGCGAAAAGGCUGCAAAAAAAGCUGCGAAACGGCUCCAAAAAAGCUGCAAAAAGGCCGCAAAAAGGCAGCAGAAAGGCUGCAGAAAGGUAGCAAAAAGGCAGUAAAAAGGCAGCAAAAAUGCAGCAAAAAGGCAGCAAAAAGGCCGCAAAAUGGCCGCAAAAAGAGUCCCUUCUUCGGGCCUUCUAUUUUUUCUGGGUUUAAUAAAUGGUGGAAAAGGGAGAGGAAGCAAAAAUGGUGCAUAACAGGCCAUAAAAUGGAGAAAAAAGGCAGAAAAAAGGAACCUUCGUAACCCGAAAAGGAAAAUUCCUAUGGGCCUUUUCCGACUUUGCCUAUGUUUGUCGAAAACUAAGAAUUUUGUCAAAUUUUCAGAAAAAUCAGAAUAAAAUCAAUUUUCUCCGUGAAAAAAGGCCAAAUUUCAGUUCGUCGCAGUGUUGACUGGCGUCGGCGGAAUGUACAUAACUGAUAAUUACGGGAUUCUUUGUGCGGUUGGUUGAAAAUCGCUGAAAAAAUAAAUAAAAAAUCACUUUAGGCCCUAAUCGGCACGUCUUUGAACAUGUUCGGCUCCUUGGUAAGACUUGGAGCCUCCCUUCCACUCAUAACUUCAUUUUUGGCCCGCGAACUUGUCCUUCAUGCAGGUUUUACAGUCCAAAAUGAUCAUAUUUCCGAAAAUUUUAAAGGUUCAAUCGUUGUCGCGGCGGCCCAAGCCUUUUUCCUCGUUUUACCCUCGAAAAUCGCCGAAUGUUGGUUCGCUGAUAACCAGAGAGCCGUGGCUAACGUUCUUUCUUUCAUUGGUUUUUUUAAAAAUAAAAAAAAAAAACAAAAUGUUUGAAUUUUUCAGCAAAUCCCGGUGGCGUCGCGCUUGGAACGAUUGUGCCUUCGUUGCUUUUUGGCAAUGAUACGUCUUCGUUCAGUCCAGAAUCAUGGACCUUUUUUAUUUAUGUUCGUGGUAAAUCGAAGAAAAAACAGUUUUGCGUGGGGUUCCAAACUUUUGCCGGAAAAAACCUCUGUCAAUUUGGGAAAAAAUUGAUUUUCGCGCUUUCGAAUAUGCCGCGAAGUUUUUUAAAACAAGCUAUGAUAUUUUAAAAUAGAAUAAAAAACAAAAAAAGAAGAAAAUCCACAAAAUUUCAACAAAAUAAGAAAGUGUCGUGAGAUUAAAUGUUUUUGUGCAAUACUGUGUCUGCACAACUAAGCGGCUACCGUACUAUAAAACAUCGAAAAUUGGAUAUUUUUUCGGAUUUUUUGCUUGUUUAGUUCAUAAAUUUUCACAUCCAUCAAGUAUUGCAAAUUCCGUCCUUUAAUAUGAAAUUUUUCAAAUUUCAUUUAAUUAUGAAUGCGAUAUCACUUGAAAAAAAGUUUUUAUACCUCUGAAAAAGAAGAAUUUUUUUACACAAGAACUGUUCUUUUUGGUCUAAAAGGUGGAUUUUGAGACAUUUUGUUAAUUUUAAGCUAUGAAAAGGUCAAAAAAAAAAUAAAUAAGGAUGUUAUUGAUUUAUAAACUUUCCACGGAAUUUCUUUUUUUCAGCUCAACAUCUUCUUUUAAUAUGAAGGAAGAUAUUUUUCGAAUUUGAGGAUUUCAGGGUGCAGGAAUGUCACUUUUGGCCCUGCUGCCGUUCGUCAUGUCGUUGUUCAUGCGGAGAAGCGUUCCGAAAACCCCGCCCUCGGCUUCGUCGGCCUCGGCGAGUCAUCAGAAGCCGAUGCCCUUCUGGACCUCCAUCAUCUUUUGCUUAUCGUAAUCUUAUCUUUCUGAAAAGAAUAUGAAGAUCAUUUCCAGAAACAUCCAGUUCCUGGUGCAAAUGAUGGUUUUCGCCCUCGCUUUUGCCCUUUUAUGGAGCGUUUUGAUGUUUGUCGUAGAUGUCCUUUAUUUGCAGGGAUACACGUUGCAGGGGUGAGUUCUAGUGGUCCCUUAAGGGGGGGCUUGAAAGUUUCUUUCUAGGGACUACUUUACCUCCCCCUAAGGGGGCCCUGACGCUUGCAAAAGUGGUCUCAAGGGGUUUCACUUAGAAACCACUCUAGGGGUUUUAGAUAGUGGCCACUUUAGGGAAGCAUCCUGGUCUUUUAUUUUAAUGAGCUUCGUGAAAAGAAGCCUUUCCAAGCGAAAACUCGAUAAUUUAACCUUUUUUAAAUAGGUGGUCCCUAUAGGGGUUCAUGGCCUGACCUCCAAGCCUCUAGAGCUCUUAAAAGUGGCCCCUAUAGGGGUCUUAGCCAAAAGACUCAAUCGAUAAAAAUUGAUAAAGGAUUUAAAUAAGGCCCCUAUAGGGACCACUUGAAGUCUUGGGGCUUAGAGGUCAAUCCAUGAACCACCUAAAAUUUCACCCCUCUAGGGAUUACUUUAUUGUUCCCUAACCCCUCUAGGGGUCACUCUUGCGUUCCUAAGUUUUUUUUUGGCUUCCUUGGUUCAAUGAACUAACAGAACCGACUAUUUGAUUCUUCCAGGAAGAAAAUUUUUUUUCAAAAUGAGGCUCGAUUUUUUGAAAACUCUGAAGAUAUGGUCUUAUGAACAACGGAGAAACAAGAGUUCAACUUUUUUUUUUCUUGAGUUUUUUUAGUUUUGAAUUUUUCAGAAGAGAAAAGAGUUUUGAAAUGUACCAAAUUAUAUAAAAGCGCCUCGAAAAUGACACAGAAAUCGAGUUUUUCAAAGAAAACCCCUUAUUUUCAGCUCUUAUCACGUUUGAAAAUGAAUCGAGUCGCAUUUUUUGAAAUUUCUAGAGAAAUUUUCUCUCGAAUCGGUCAGUUUUUACCUUUUUCAGGUACCCAGUGGCUUUUGCGGCAAUUAUCGGUACCCUGACGUCACUUUUAUGCGGGCAUAUCGCUGAUAAAACGAAAAAAUUCAAGGUUUCCUCAUUAUUUCCCAAUGGAUCUUGAAUAUUUUCGAAAUUUUUCAGGAGAUUAUUCGCGUCUGUUCGAUCGGUUUUUGUCUGAGUGUGAUAGCUUUGAGAUUUGUGAGUUUUGAAAUUUUUUCUGAAAAAGAAAAAUUGAUAAAUUUUCAGUUUUUGACCAAGAAAAAUGAAAGCGUCGCUGAUUCGAUCAUCAUUUUUGUCAUUGUCGGUGCGAUGGGUAGGGAAUUUUUCGGUAUUUUUGGACGCAUUUGGAAUGGCUUGACGCGUCGCGUUCGCUUUUGAAACCCGAAGCGACUCGGGCCACGUUUUGAGCAGUUAUAGGGAUCAAUUUAGAGGCUUCUUAAGGGAUCCCUUGAAACCUCAGAACUGUCCGAAGUUCGAUGAAGCCUUGGAGCAAGCUGUUGAGAGGGAAAUGCGCUGCUUAGGGACGUCAGAGUGGUCCCUAGAGUGGCCGUUAAAAAUUUCCCUAUUGGGAUAUCUAGAGCUUGCAAAAGUGGCCACUUUAGGGGAGCAUGCCUAAACGUCUUUUUAAUUUUCAAAUCAGAACUAAAAAUAAAUAGACUACUUUAGGGGCCACUUAAGCUUUGGGGGCAGACCUUGAACCCUUCUGGGGAUCAUUAUUUUGUCCCCUAUAGGGGCUGUUCUUUUCCCUAACCCCUCUAGGGACCAUCCUGGCGCUCCUAAAGUUUUUCCAACCAAAAAAGCGACGCUUUGAGCCAUUCCCAAUGCGGUCAAAGUGUUUCAGGCCGAUUAUUUCAAUUAAGUUCGUAGUUUUGUGCAUUUUCAGGCGCCUUCUCAAUCCCACAAUUCCCGAUCGGCGUCGAAAUGGGCGUCGAAACGACGUUUCCCGUGUUGGAGGCGACUUCCUCCGGCCUUUUGGUCAUUUUUGGGCGAGUUUUUUUUUCCCCGAAUAAUAAUGAAGUUCAUAAGAAUAGUAUUUUUCAAAAAGCUGAGCAGAAAAAAUAGGCGUUAAAUGACUUUUUUUAAGCGGAAAAUUCUGAUCAAAAUGACCUCUUCUAAAGAUUUAUUAUACAAGAUGCGCAAUAAAUAUUGAAACGCGUUUGAAACGUUAUAACUUUCUCAAAAGUCAACCAAACACCACCAAACUUGGAACAAAUGUUAUUCAUACAAUAUAAAAACAAAAUUCAAGAAUAGUUUUCAAAACGUCAUCCUUUAGCAUUGAUAACGGCCUUCAGUCUCUUCGGAUACGCACCGAUCACGGCACGAAGGUAGUCGUCGUCGAUUUCGUCCCAUUUCUUGAUGAGCGCGGUCUUCAGGGCUUUGAUACUUGGGUAGUUCUUAGAAGAGACCUUCUCGGUCAGAUAUAUCCACACGGCAUAGUCCAUCGGGUUGAGAUCGGGCGAGGAAGCAGGCCAAUCAGCAGCCGAGAUGAACUCGGAAAAUUGGCGCGAUACCACUCUUGAGUCCCUUUGGCACGAUGAGCGGGGGCGCCGUCUUGCUGGAAGGUCCAUGGUCGGUUUCCGUAGUGAGAAUUGGCUCAGGGCAACACCCUCAACUUUAAAAUCUACUCCCAGUAGUAUACUUGGUUCACUUCGACUCCAGAAUCCACAAAAAUCAGCGGAGUUUUGCCGUCAGCGGUAAUUCCGGCAAAAACCAUCACGGAAGCCGGAUGCGAAGUUUUAUUCAGAAUUUUUUCUUUUUCACAGGCACUCUGAUAGUCAGUAGCGAUGUUCCGAUGAUUUUGGCCGUUCUUGUUCGCCUCCAUAGUGAAGAUUUUCUCGUCGGUAAAUAGCGUCGUCAGAUGCGAGCCAUCUUUCGUGCCAGCGAGCAGCUUUCAAGUCUUUUCCAUCCGCAAUGUCUUGUUUUUUUGAUUGAGGAAGGCUCCUUUCUGCAUACGGUAGGAUCAUCUUCAGCUUGUCCUUGACAAUAGUUCUCAUCGAUUCUCGACUCAUUUUGUAUUCUUUUGCCAUCUUUCUCACGCUUCUUGCCGGAUUGCGUCUGAUUUUCUCUCGAACGGCUUUGACUGCUUCUGGAGUCGUGACGGUGACUGGACGUCCCAUUCUUUGCAUGUCAUCUGAAGUACCGAGACGCCGAUAGCGUUGUGCAGUUCGAAAAACGAGAACACGAGACACUUUCAGCUUUUUAACGAUCUCUGAAUUCGUCAUUCCGUUUUUGACACAAUCAAUGAUUGCGGUACGGUACGGAGAUGGGGCCACCAUUACCUGAAAACUGAAAAGUAUGAGCUGUAACUUCAAACACAUGAUAAGUGAGCAUGAAUGAACGAAAUAAACAGAAAAAUUCAAAGGCCAGUCCAUUGUGCAAAAAGCAGCGAUCAAACAAAAAACUGUUUCAAUAUUUAUUGCGCACCCUGUAGAAAAGUGGGGAUUUUUGGUAAUUUUUUCAGUUUUUUACACGCGAUUUUUAACUGUGGUCGCAAGAGGAAUGGCUCAGAGCGUCGCGGAUGCGUUGCAGUUUGAUAAAAGUCUCAAAAAAAAAGCGGCCGUUAUUGUUUAAAAACUGUUUAUUGCAUCUUCAAUGUAAGAGUACAUGUGCAAUCGACUUUCAUUGAUUUGACUGUGUUUUAAACGGCGGCAGGAGCUGUGGCUUAGGCAGAGAAGUUGUGAAUUUCGCUCGUAGAACAUCAGGUACAAGAGAGGUCGUAGGAAGAAAUACGGUGCCGGCUUUCCAAAGGCCGAUGGCAGAGAUUGAGCCUUUUCGCUGCAUGCAGCUUAUGCUUCGAAGAAAAUUUUUCGUGGCUUCUUGAGCGCAAGUAGCUUUUGGUCGGUCGCAGUCUUGAAUGACCGCUCCGUGAGCCAUUUCAAAUCCGGAUUCGUUAUUUGAGGCAAACCGAGCAAAACUGAAUAGACAUUCAAGAAAAGUUUUGCGGUCGAAAAGGAGUGUUGACAAACAUGUUCGCGGCGCGCAAACCGCUUCGGGUCGGUCGCAGUCGCUUUUUGAGCCAUUCCAAAUGCGACCAUGAGCUUUUGGUUUGAUGAAAACUGAUUAGAACUGAAUAGAAGUUGAAAAAUUUUUUUUUACAUUUUUACGUUUUUUUAAUAGGAUUCUUCAACUUAUUAAUAUUUUUUCUCUGGUUGAAGAAAUUUUUUUGAAACUGAAAGAUCAAUUACUUUCAACUGUUUUUGGCAAAAAUAACCUGAAUUUCAGGCAAUUAUGGAUGUUCAAUAUCAGUUGGAUCUUUGCCGACAUCAGCAAAACCGAUUGGUUUUAUCAAGUUGAGAAAAAUGUCAACUGGAAAUGUGGGUUCCUUUUUUUUAAGGCAGUCAUUUUUGAAAAUUGAAAGUUUUUAGUGACGAUUGACGUUUGCAUCGCGUUUUCAUUGCUUUCAGUCGUUCUGUCAACUGUUUUUAUGAACCCGAGGUUGGUAGGAAAUUUAAAAAAAUGGAUUUUGGGAAUUUUUUUAGUAAAAAUUUUUAGAAAAAUAGCGAAUAUUUGAGUUCAGAGAGCAAAAAAAGAAGAAAAAUGAAUUUUUUGCAUUAAGAUGGCCGAUUUUACUGUGAAUCUGAGUGAGUGGAUCGCAUUUUUUUGAUUUGAAAUUAUAAAUUCGAAUAAAAUUCAUUGAAAAAAAAGGCGAUUUUUUUGAAUUCAAAGCGAAAAAAAGACGAAAAAAAUGGCAUUUUGUGGCAUCUGGACAACUGAUUUCACUGUAACUUUGAGCGAUUUUUGAAAAUUAGGAGUAAAUUUUUUUAUAAAAAAAGGGAGCGGUAUUCGCAAUAAUAGAAGUCACUGUAAUGUAAGGGAUCCCAUAGCGAAAAGGAAAAUAUGUCAGAAAGCUUUUUUUCGAAUGAAGUCUGAAAAAAACUCAGUGAUUUUUCAGUAUUCCUCAAAAUAUCUAAUUCCAAAAAAAAAGCCAAGCCUUUUACAGAUAUCUUCGGCUAGAAAUGGAAUCUUCUACCUUGGCCGGAACUACGUCCAGAACCACAGAAUCGGAACUUCACGAGCGAAGAUCGAAUCCCGACAGCGAAAUCGAGUCCCAAGCGGAAUUUUGA